UUUUUUUAUUUUCAAACAUUUGGCGGGUAGUUUUGACGGUUAUUGUUUUGAAGUUAUUACUCUGUAUGGUGAUUUUGCAUAAGCCUAUUUGUGAAAGGUUUUUGUGAUUUUCUGAUAUUUGUGAGUUAUAAAAAUGCCGGCAGAUCAGAUUCAAUACUCAGAGAAGUAUUAUGAUGAUGUGUAUGAAUACAGGCACGUGAUCCUGCCCCAGGACAUAGCGAAGCUGGUGCCCAGGACACACCUGAUGAACGAGACGGAGUGGAGGAACAUCGGGGUGCAGCAGAGUCCCGGCUGGGUGCACUACAUGAUGCACACGCCAGAGCCACACGUGCUGCUGUUCCGGCGAAUGCGCAAGCCAGCUGAAUCGCAAGGAGGCGUUGAUCCCAUGUCCCAGUGUGUGUCCGUCAAAUGAGCAUCAUGAUGUUUGCGUGUGCUUUGUGUUCCUAUGUUGUUUGUUGACCAGCUGUAGAUAUAUCAAUCGUGUCUUAUGUAUACUUGUGCUCAUCGUUCUUCUAACAGCACACAUUAUUUUUUGUACAUUUUUACUCGCAGGUGCAAGUGAAAUACAGUGUCUUUAGUUACUGCUGAAGCAUGUGGCAAAAUUUUGAGUUUUACAUUUAAUACUCAAACUUGUGGGAUGCUAACUUUUAAAUUAAAAUUGUCAUCAUAACUUUCAACAAUUUAUGGUUUUUUAAUUAUUGAUUUUUUUUUUCAAAUAUUGGAAGUGAUUUAGACUCUGUACUCUGCUCUAAAUUUUACAGACUGUAAAGACAAUAAUUCAAAGAAAUUGUUAGCUUUUUUUUUCUAAUAUAAAAAUUGUAUAUAUUGUGAACAUAGUUAAUGAUAUGUAAUCUUAUUUCUUUAAGUUAAUGACACUGGACCUUGUUUUUAGAAAGUGUAGUUGGUAAGUGUAUCAUUAUGGAUGAUGAUAAGGUUGUAACACUAUUCUAGUGCUAGAUUGAUAGUAAAUAUUAGUGUCAUUUCUUUUGUAUUUUUUUGAACAUUAAAUAAUAGUGCGACUAGAGAGUUUUGUAUGUGGGAUUAACUGACUUGUGAUCUCUGGAUACGGGGCUUGUGUGUUGUAUACAGCCCAUGUUUUGUUUUAUAAGCAUACAAUAAUCUCAAAAAAUUAAAUAAAAAAAGGUAAAUUCUCCAUAAA